UUCUUCUCUGGGUAAGGGCAGCCGACCGCUCUGGUCACCUGCCAGCGGGUCCCCCAUUAAGCCUCCAUCCCGUGUGUGUUGCAGGGGACGAUGCUCACCGGCGUGAAGCGGAAGCGUGUGGACUGCGAGGACACAUGGGUGGCAUCAGGGGGUGAGGGUCCCACGCCCCCCGGCCUGGAGGCCUAUUCCCGCCUGCGCCAGUCCCUGCUGCAUAUGUCGCUGGACAAGUUCCAGCGCGGCUGCAUGCUGGGGGAGCCCAACCUGCGGCGCCACGUGCUCAUCGCCAACACCCUGCACCAGAUCCAGGAGGAGAUUCGGCGUGAGAGAGGCCCCCUGCCCUCCGCCCCCAUCCCCCCACCCCCUCCACCCUCUCCUGAGCCCCCGCAGCCGCCCCCCACCUCCGCCGAGCUGGACAGCCUCCUCUUCACCGGUGAGGAUGACUUCUCCGUCUCGUCGGCCAUUUGCUCCAUCCUCAAGGAACUGGAGCUGGCGCUGGAUGGCGGGGCCGCCCCGCUGGAGUCCCAGGGCAAGCCAGAGCCCCGAGGCGGCCCUCGGACUGGGACGGGCUCCCCCGGGACCCCCGGCCUCUCCGAGCGGGAGACCUCCGUCCCGGCGGACUUCAGAGCUGUCGAGGCUGUGUUUGGCAGUUUCGAGAUCAUGAGCUCCAGUUACCUCAGCGGCCUGGCCCUGGAUGACCUUUUCGCGGACAUAGACACCUCGGGCUUCGAGCGAGACCCCGGUGGCCGGCCCCCAAUCCCCCUGCCCCCCGCCGAGCCGGGCGGCCUGAUCCCCUCCUGCGCCCCGAGCCAGCCGGUGGGGCGAGACUGGAAUGAGCUGGACCAUAUCAUGGAGAUCAUCGUAGGGUCCUGAGCAGACACCCCAGUCCCCGCCUCCUUGCAGGAGAGGUGUCAAGACAGAGAGGAUAAUGUUUACAGAACGGGCAAAGGUCGGGGGGAGGGGGGGUGCAUUUUAACUCUUUCCUCCAGGGACUCCCAACCUGUUUUGGGGGGCGGGGGCAGAGAUGUGGACUCAGGAAUCCUGUUCCCCCUCUUCCCCCCUACCCCAGUUGGGGGUCUGCCACAUUGGUGCAAUGGUCCCCUUAACCCCCUGUCGGGGGCUGGUGGUGGUUUGUGAGGACGGACGCCUUCCGUGAAGGUGACUUAAUUUAUCCAUGACGGUGAUUGCCUUAAUGCUACUGCAGAGCAGGUCUGGCCGUAGCCCCCGGCGGGACAGGGAGGGGCGAGGGGACGGGUCUCUAUCUGUGGGGACCAGGAGGGGUUAGCUCCAAACUCCACUUUAGGGAAAACCCCUGCUGCUGGCUCCUUGGUCUGUCUCCUUCCCUCCCCAAGGCAGCCCCGGGUACAAGCCUCCUGACUCUAAAAUAAGCCUCUCCAUUCCCUGAGGGUGAAGGUGAGGUGCCCCACCUCAAGCCCUACUCCUCAGGCUGGGUGGCAUCUCACCAGCUCUGCAGAGCCUGUGGGGUUCACACUGAUCCUGCCACACCCCAGUCGGCCUGCUCUGCUGCAAGGCCUGCGCCACUCCCCAAAAGUCCCAGCCCCCCUCUCUGGUCAGGGAUGGGGGUUCUGGGGGACAACAGGCCAUAUCCUGAGCAAGACCUCCCUGUCUAAAAAGAAAACCCCGACGGCCGGGAUAAAAUGUAACCGCUGCUCACCCCCAGAUGGUUCUACAGCACUGCAGCCCCCAAAAUGAAAUGUCAGUGUUAGAAGCCCAGCUAUGGUCUCCCCUUCCCCCAACCCCAAGAUACAGUGGCCAGGCUGCCCUGCCCGUCUGUGCCAAAGCCGGGCCCCUCCCACCGGACUCACCCUCCCAAUGGAGAGUUCUUUUGCCUGCCUUUCUGCCCACCUCCCAAUCCCAUCCAAAUUUAUUUAACACGGUGCGAGUGACCCUUUCCCUUUACCCAGUGCGUGCAAUAGGAGCAAAAAUGAUCUAUGCAAAGGCCCGCUGAUGGGGCUUAAAGACAAACGUGUAUUUUUCUGUUUUUUUUUUUCUCUUUUUAAAUAAAAGUUUGAAAUG